CGGCGCCGGGCCCCGGGCCCCGAUGGAUCUGAAGACGGCGGUGUUCAACGCGGCGCGCGAUGGCAAGCUGCGGCUGCUCACCAAGCUGCUGGCCAGCAAGUCCAAGGAGGAGGUGUCCUCCCUGAUCGCCGAGAAGACCCACGGCGCCACGCCCCUGCUGGUGGCCGCCCGCUACGGCCACCUGGACAUGGUGGAGUUCCUGCUGGAGCAGUGCAGCGCCUCCAUCGAGGUGGGCGGCUCGGUCAACUUCGACGGCGAGACCAUCGAGGGCGCCCCGCCGCUGUGGGCCGCGUCCGCCGCCGGGCACCUGAAGGUGGUGCAGUCCCUGCUGAGCCACGGCGCCGCCGUCAACAACACCACCCUGACCAACUCCACGCCGCUGCGGGCCGCCUGCUUCGACGGCCACCUGGAGAUCGUCAAGUACCUGGUGGAGCACAAGGCCGACCUGGAGGUGUCCAACCGGCACGGGCACACCUGCCUGAUGAUCUCCUGCUACAAAGGACACAAGGAGAUCGCCCAGUAUUUACUAGAAAAGGGGGCAGAUGUAAAUAGGAAGAGCGUGAAAGGUAACACUGCCCUGCAUGACUGCGCGGAGUCUGGAAGCUUGGACAUCAUGAAGAUGCUUCUUAUGUACUGUGCCAAGAUGGAGAAGGACGGCUACGGGAUGACCCCGCUCCUCUCGGCCAGCGUGACGGGCCACACAAAUAUUGUGGACUUUCUGACACACCACGCCCAGACGAGCAAGACAGAGAGGAUCAACGCGCUGGAGCUCCUGGGAGCCACGUUUGUAGAUAAGAAAAGAGACCUUCUGGGGGCUCUGAAGUACUGGAAGAAGGCCAUGACCAUGCGGUACAGCGACAGGACUAAUGUCAUUAGUAAACCAGUGCCGCAGACGCUGAUCAUGGCUUACGAUUACGCCAAAGAGGCCAACAGCGCUGAGGAGCUGGAGGGCCUCAUCGCCGACCCCGACGAGAUGCGGAUGCAGGCACUGCUGAUUAGGGAGCGCAUCCUGGGUCCUUCUCACCCUGAUACCUCCUACUACAUCAGGUACAGAGGCGCCGUCUACGCCGACUCGGGGAACUUCAAGCGAUGCAUCAACCUGUGGAAGUAUGCCCUGGACAUGCAGCAGAGCAACUUGGACCCCUUGAGCCCAAUGACGGCCAGCAGCUUGCUGUCCUUUGCCGAGCUGUUCUCUUUCAUGCUGCAGGACCGGGCUAAAGGCCUGCUGGGCACGACGGUCACGUUUGACGAUCUCAUGGGCAUACUGUGCAAAAGCGUCCUUGAGAUCGAGCGCGCCAUCAAACAAACUCAGUGUCCGGCCGACCCCCUGCAGCUGAACAAGGCCCUCUCCAUCAUUCUGCACCUGAUCUGCCUGCUGGAGAAAGUCCCCUGCACUCUAGAACAGGACCACUUCAAGAAGCAGACCAUCUACAGGUUCCUCAAGCUGCAUCCCCGGGGAAAGAACAACUUCAGCCCUCUCCAUCUGGCUGUGGACAAGAACACCACCUGCGUGGGGCGGUACCCGGUGUGUAAGUUCCCAUCGCUGCAAGUGACGGCCAUCCUAAUAGAAUGUGGUGCUGACGUGAACGUCCGGGACUCCGACGACAACAGUCCCCUGCACAUCGCCGCCAUCAACAACCACCCGGACAUCAUGAACCUCCUCAUUAAAUCAGGUGCACACUUCGAUGCCACAAACCUGCACAAGCAAACGGCCAGUGACUUGCUGGAUGAGAAGGAAAUCGCUAAGAAUCUGAUCCAGCCCAUCAACCACACCACGCUGCAGUGCCUGGCCGCGCGCGUCAUCGUGAACCACAGGAUACAUUACAAAGGGCACAUCCCAGAGAAGCUGGAGACCUUUGUGUCGCUCCACAGAUGACGGGCACUGCCGAAGCUCCUGCACGAGCACUGUUGUGGUAACGCCCGCGUUCACUUGGCUUGAUGGUGGUGUGCGCUCACUCACCGGCUAGCGCACCCACCGCAGACGUCAGACUCCACAGGAUUGGCUUCCAGUAUUUAAUAGAAAUACACCAUAUAAUAGAUUGUUUGUGAAUGAU